AUGUUUUUUAUCAUUGGGAAAAACUCAAAGAAAAAUGAAGAGAGGAAUAAAAAUCCUGUAUUGAGGGAAUUGCUUCAACAGCCCCUUAAACAAGCACAGGAACCCCCAAAACGGUCACCCCCAAAACAACAAGAACAACAAAAACAAAACAUGUCUCCGAAGAACUUCUCGGACUUCCAAACCCUAUGGAGCAAUCUCCAAUUGGAGUUGGAUUUGAAAAACUUUGAUUCUGGCAACUCUCCACAAGAAGAAGAACAACAUAUUUCUCCAACCCUUGACUUCUCGGAUAUGGACGAUCAAAGUGUACUUUUCCAAAAGUAUCUGGUACCCGAGAAGCCCACACCAGCUCCGCGGUUGGAGACAUCAGAAAAGACAUCUCCACCAGUGAGGACCAUCCUCAAAAAAGUAAAAUCAGCACCAUGCAGGUCAACAAAAAACCCAGAGUCCACAAUUGUCCACCCAACGUUUAUCCCUAUAACACAACCAAAAGAAUCGGAGAGUAUCACCCCAUCACACAACUCCGCCUUUACCACCAUCUCCCCAAGAAAUAUCCUUCAAGAAAACGAAGCAUUCACAGGCGUAGAGGAUUCUAUCCUAACCGAACUAAGAAGACGUCAUAGACUGAAAAGGAGAAUGGUGCAGAGAAUACCUGCUGUGCACCCCUAUCCUCUCCAUCAAGAUCUGAAGUCUCUGAGAGAACUGAAAGAGGCCAUGAGUGUCAACCUCCAACAGAUGGACACCCUUAUCAACUAUCUGGAGGACUUUUUCAGAUUAAGGAGGGUGAAUUUUGUUUCCGUGUGAAAACCGUUCGUUACUGGAACUAUCUAGAUUAAAUGGAUAUUAACUUCAAGGUGUAGCUUAAGCCUUUGGUUGUGUAUCUAGACAUUGUGUUGAACCGACAAUAUCGUGAAAUAUGAAGAAUUGUACGCGUCUUCCUAUCCUGAAUACCGUGAUAAACGAUAGACAAUAAAUUUACUUCUUAUGUGUACAGUUGUCAAAAACAGACAUUGAGUUUAACUUUUUUUAUGUUGUUCUACAUGUACAUUUGACUAGAAUUUAAUUGUAUAUUUUAGUUUAGAGGAUAAACAAAAUUAUGUUCUUGUAUAUCUAUAUAAUAUUAAUCAAUUUAUAUUCAAUAUUCAAAAAGGUUU